AUGGAAAAUUACUUUAAAGGGAGAAAUGUGGAAGAAGAAAUGGAAAGAAAUAAGAUACCUAUUAAUAGUCUACCAGAAGAUUUUCUUUGGAUGCAGGUUAAAGGAGGUAGUAAAAUGGCAAAUUUAAUAUCACAUGCGUCUGGAAUUAUUGAGGAUAAAGCUUCAACAGCUGUUGUUUGGAGUGGGGCUGGUGUAGCCAUUCCUAAAGCAAUAUCUUGUGCUGAAAUCUUAAAAAGAAAAUUUGGAAUUAAGUAUCAAGUUACAAAACUGACUUUUAAAAGCGUAGAAGAGUAUUGGGAACCAAAACUGGAAGGUCUAGAGACUAUAGUGGUAAAAAGACAGAUUCCAUUGAUACACAUUCUACUGUCAUCUCAAGAACUAGUUGACACACAACUUGGGUAA